AUGGCCGACCUGGACAAGUCGACAGACGACGAGGCGGCCAUUGUCUCUGGCGCUGCCGCCAACGAGCUACACGUCUCCCGGGAGGCCAACCUUCGAAUCCGCCGCGCAUUUGAUCGCCGGGUGCUGCCCCUUGUCUGCUGCCUCUACGUCUUCUCAUACCUCGACCGCGGCAACAUUGGUAACGCAAAGACGGCGGGAGCCCAAGAUGCCCUCGGCCUCGACUCGGCCCAGUGGGCCUGGGUCCUCAACUCCUUCUACAUCUCCUACGUCGCCUUUGAAUGGACGACGAUGCUGUGGAAGAUACUGCCCGCUCACAUUUACGUGUCCGUCCUUUGCGUCUGCUGGGGCGCCGCCGCCAUGAGCUCUGGAGCCGCACGCAACAUGACUGAGCUUGUUAUCACGCGAUGCUUCCUUGGCAUAUUCGAGGCCGCCUUUGGCGCGGGCGCCCCUUACUUCCUCUCCAUGCUCUACAAGCGCCGCGAGUUGGGGUUUCGCAUGUCACUUCUGCUGGGCAUGAUGCCCCUGGCCAACACCUUUGCCUCCAGCCUCGCCUACGGCAUCACCCAGAUCCGCCACUCACUGGAGCCGUGGAGGCUCUUGUUUAUUAUAGAGGGCUCUUUCAGUGUUCUCUUCGCCCCAGCCAUCUACUUCUUCCUCAUCGACUCGCCGGCCACGGCCUCUUUUCUCACUCCGGGAGAGCGGCUCUUGGCUCUUGAGCGGCUGCAGCUCAAGGACUCGGCGGCCAAGGACGGCGUCAAGUGGCGGCAGUUGUUAGCCGGCUUUCGCGACUACAAAAACUACGUUCACUCCGCCAUCCACUUCUGCGCCAACUUCUCCUUUGCUGCCCUCUCCAACUUCUUGCCGACCAUUGUCCACGACAUGGGCCAUGACGCGAUCAGCGCCCAGGGGCUCACGGCCCCUGCCUAUUUCGCCGCCUUUGUGCUCUGCGUUCUCACCUCGUACGCGUCAGACAAGCUGGGCAGGCGCGGCCUCUUUCUGGCUGGCACGGCGACCAUGGCAGUGGUCGGGUAUGGUCUGCUCGCUGGCAUCCGCGACCAAAGCAAGACGGGCGCACGCUACGCCGGCGUGUGGCUCGCCGCGUGCGGGGCGUUUCCGGCCCUGAGCCUCAAUGUCACUUGGCUCCUCAACAACCAGGGCGGCGACUGCAAGAAGGGGGCCGGCCUCGCCAUCUUCCUGACCCUCGGGCAGUGCUCCUCGUUUGUCAGCAGUACGAUGUUCCCUAAGAGCGACGGGCCAUUCUACUCAAAGGGCUGUGCCAUUGGAUGCGGGCUGACUGGUCUCAUGGUGAUUUUGGCCCUCGGCAUGCACUUUGCCCUCGACUGGGAGAACCGACGCAGAGAUGGGCUGUACGGGCCGGUAGGCGCAGAUGCUCGAAUCGAUGUGACUGAUGAAGGCGAUGGCCACCGCCAUUUCCGAUACGUCACAUGA